GGCUGCAGUAAAGGCGGAAGGCCUGGUGGCUGCUAGGAGGUGGGGUUCCGUCCCCGCUGGGCUGUCGCCCGCUCUGGGCUGCGGCAAUGGAGCUGAGCUCCCACUACCUCCGAGAGAAGCUACAGCGCGACCUGGAGGCGGAGCACGUGGAGGUGGAGGACACGACUCUGAACCGUUGCGCCACCAGCUUCCGAGUCCUGGUGGUGUCUACCAAGUUCGAGGGGAAGCCAUUGCUUCAGAGACACCGGCUGGUGAACGAGUGCCUAGCGGAAGAGCUCCCGCACAUCCACGCGUUUGAGCAGAAAACUCUGACCCCAGAGCAGUGGGCCCGGGAGCAGCCGAAAUGAGGGACCAGGACCUGCACAGCUAUUAAAUUAUGGAUCAGG